UGGCAGUUGCUCGGAUCCAGCAGUUCCGCUGGUGGGUGGUUCCCCCAAAGUUUCUAGGCCAAGGCACCGCGGUAGGCUCUUAGGCCAAGGCCCUGAAAAGGCCGCCUAGCCUAAUACACGACAUGAUGUCUGCAGAACAGAAUCACAGACGGACUCUUGUGGGGCCUUCAAUUCCCGAAAACAGCCAUCGACGCACUGGAUUAUAAUUGACACCACGACGCAGCAUAUGGGCCAUGGGUACAAAAUUUGUAGCCUACUUUUUCAUAGAGCUAAUGUAACAAAUAAAUCUCACUGGUUGUGUGGUCUUUUGUCUUAAACUUGUAUCACAAUCCUUGACAUUAAAUGCUGUUGAAACCACGGGCCUACAAAUCAAUGCUACUAUUGGUGCAAAAAUCGGGAUUUUCCAAGAUUUUGGCUGAACGCGCCUCUGUCGCGGAUCGAUUAAAAAGAAAAAGAAACAAAAAAAUAAUAACUUAAUUAUCCCCAAACGCCAAACAUCAAUAAUUAUAAGCAAUAAGUGAACUGUGUAAACUUGUACUUUUUAACUAGCGCAUCAAAUGACAAUAACGAUAUCCGAGCCCCAUCAAAUUAUUCGCACUAAUUUAACCUUAAAUACGAUGUUUACACGUCUGCAUUACUCGGAAUAAGACUAGGGCUGUACGUAGCCUACAUAAUUAUAACAAGGUAAAAGACCUAUUCAAUAAAAGACCCAAGCCGAGGUCAUAAAGGGGGUAAAUGUAAGUUUCCUAGUCAGGAAGAUCUCGACUGUUCUCAGUCUCAGAGACAAUAGAGUGCACAAGCGGCGUUAUCAGCAGAUUGUAUCGGAAAGCUGACUCCCCGCCAAGAAUGUGUGCCGAGAGCUUAUUACGUUUUAGGUUCCGGGGGACAAUGUUUACACUGACCGAGUUCGUGUACAAUAUAAGUGUAUUGGCGGGUUUGGUCACUCAUGCUGGAGUUAUUCAUAGUCAUCAGCUGUUUCUCCGCACGUGAUGUGAUUAUGCUAGCGAGGUUAUAAAUAGCAGUCGCUGAGUUUCUUUCUUCAAUUCAUCAAUAACGUUUGUAUCGUUCGGAAUUGUUUCUCUCUACACUCGUGAUCAAUAAAUAUAUAAACACAACAUGAAGGACAUUCUGUUGCAAUGCGCAAAAGUUCUUUGGGACUUUUCGAGAGUAAACCAUGUACUGAAGAAGAGUGAUGUGAUGGUUGUAUUAGGAAAUGACGACCCCCGAUCAGCUGUGCACGCGGCGGAGCUGUUUUUAGAAGGAUGGGCUCCCUUUGUUGUCAUUACUGGAAAAGAAGGCACGGGUACCAGAG